AUGGCCUUCUUUGCCGAUGUGGGAGGCUUCGUGUUCGAAGCGGCAGCCAGUGGCCCCUUUCCCCUGAACGCCAAGCAACUUCACUGGUUAGUUGUUAACAACCAUAUCGAAGAUCCCGAAACCGAUGUCGUCGAGAUCUGGUACAAGUCAAAACAGGACCGGUUUGCACGCCUCAUCACAUCCUUCCAGGUUAGCUACACAAUCAUACACGCGAUUGGUCGGGCCGGACAGCGACUGGCUAUCACGACGCUCGAGUUGAACACUAUGGACAUCGUGGUAUGCUCUCUGAUGACUGCUUACGCUUGGCUUCACAAGCGGGCCGAUGUCAGGACACCGAUAAGGCUUGCGACAAGAACAGCGAUCGGCGAUAUUACGGGCGAUCGGCCAUGGAGAACCACACCAAUAGAUUUCAUCGAUGAGAACGGUCCGGGCCGGACACUCAAUGUCCAACCGUUCAUGAAAAUGCCAGUGAUCCCGCCCGACCAGCCGAUUCAGCGUAUCCCCAACGACCGGUUUCCGAUGAACCCAUACGCUUGUACAGCCGAUAUAUGUCGCAGCCGCAUCAACCAAUACGCCACACAGACCGGCCGAGCAUUCUGCUUCACCUACCUCACGCCUGUCGUCGUUGCUACCCAAACGCUGAGGGUUACUGCAGUUGCUACACGAGUCAGCACGUCUAUUCCGAGCACGCGCACCGUCACAGCUACCAACCGGCGUCACUACCAUCGUGAGACGCCAGAUUCUGCCGGCCUCGGUAUCAUCGGCCAUCGCAUCAGCGUGUACGAACAACGCGUCAAGGAUUAGCAGCGCCUGUACGUGCUAUCUUGCUGGGCGAUAAAGUGUCAGGGAAGUGAAAAGCACCUAAGAAGGAAGGGAAGGCAUUGCGUCACGGCAGAGGCUGGGGAUGGCGCAUGGUAGGUAGGUAGGUAAGUAGGGUAGUUUUCAAAAAUGGACAAUCAGUAUCUAAAC